AUGAAUCGUAGCAUAAAUGAUGUUACUAUUCCUAAUGGUCUACGUGAAAUGCUUGAAGGUUUUGUUCAAGCUGUUAUUUUAUCAAAAAUAAAAUCUCGUGAUUUAUAUAAAUAUGCUUAUCAAUAUUUUCGUGAAUAUUAUUUAUCAAAUAAAACGUCAACUAAAAUUAAUAUUAGUGAUGAUAUAAUGGAUAAUCCAACGGAAGAAUCUAUACGUGUAGCAUAUGAAAAUCUAGAUGAAUAUGAAAAUCGUUGUAUGACACGAGCAGUUUUAUUUGGUGAUACAUUUAAUCCUGAAAUUGAAAAACUUAAUUUACCAAAAAUAAAAAAUGAAAAAAGUUUUGAAGAAUAUGAUUUUCUUCGACAAUCAAUUCCAAAAACAUUGCCAUUUCGUGCACUUGAUUAUGAACAAAUAGAACAAGUUAUUCAACAUUUUGAAUUAUAUCAUGUUAAAUCCGAGCAAAUAUUAAUGAGAGAAAAAGAACAAGGAGAUUAUUUUUAUCUUAUUCAAACAGGAAUUUAUGAAGCAUUAAUUAAUGAUAAACAAGUGAAAAUUUAUAAUAAUGAAGGUUCAUUUGGUGAAUUAGCUUUACUUUAUAAUCAAACACGUUUAGCAACAAUUCGAGCAUUAACUGAUGGAAAAUUAUGGCGUAUGAAUCGUGAAAUAUUCUCUCAAGUAGUUCGAUUUGUAGCAUUUAAAAAACGUCAACGUCAUUUAGAAUUUAUAAAAAAAUGUCAAAUUUUACAAAAUAUGAAUGAAAAAGAAAUGUUAGAUGUUGCUGAUGCACUCAAAUAUGAAGAAUAUAAACGUGGAGACACAAUAAUUUACGAAGGAGAUCUUGCAGAUGCAAUGUAUUUUGUUAAAUCUGGUAGUGUAGAAAUUCGUAUACGUGAAUCAUCGAAUAAAUCUGAUUAUAUUGUUGUUAAAAUAUGUCAACCGGGUGAUUAUUUUGGUGAACGAGCAUUAUUAUAUAACGAACGUCGUGCAGCAACAGCUGUUGCUAUAAUACAUUGUCAAUUAUUAGUACUUGAUCGAGCUGAUUUUAAUCGUUUAUUAGGUAGUGCUAAAGAUGUAUUAAAACGUAAAGCAAAACAUUAUAAAACUAUCAAGAAAAAGAAUAAGAAGAAUCAAGCUGGUGCCACUAAUUGUAGUUACUCGAAUCGAAAGAUGAAUGAAACAUCGAUUAUAAGCGAACAAUGGCUUAAUGAAAUUCAAUUUGGUAAUGUAGGUGCAGCUCUAUUUAUUAUAGCUUAUAUUGGUUUUUAUGGAUUUGGAAUCAUGUCUUUUUUUAUUCAACAAUUAAAAGAAACUCAAAGACAACGUACUGAUUUACCAGCAUAUUUUUUAAAAACACUUUGGGAUGUACCAAGUAAAAAUAAACUUUUUGAAGAAUUAGCUGAUGUUGAACGUUUAAAAAAAAUAUUUCGUUGCUAUUUUGUUGAUCAUGAAUCAUAUACUUCACUAACAAAUGAUGAACUUCAAGCUCUUGUUGACGAACGAGCAUAUGCAUGUGCUGUAAAAUAUCGAGAAAAAUUACGACGUCUUCAUUUAUCACAUACAGAUUAUUGUUUAGAUACAAUUGACCGUUUAUCUCAUGUUGAAAAUAUUUUUCAAGAACAAAUUUCAAAAUCAUUAACAUUAAUACGUACAACUAAUAUGAAAAGAAGUAUUGAAUAUUUGAAGGAAGAAGAGUCUGAUGAACGUUUAUUGUCUAUAUCUGUUGUUUGA